AUUAAGCCUACAGAUCUCUACAUAUAAUUAAACAUGAAGUGCAUAUCAUUAUUAAAUAAAUGUGUGUUUUGCACAGACAUACAAAACUCCUUUGCAAAUGCAAAACCAAGAUAAACAAUCCACAAUGCAUAUUAGAUUCUUAAUCUUGCUACCUUAAAAAUGGGCUUUUGGCUCUUUCACUAAUCCAGGAGAGGAAAAAAAAUAGAAUUUUGUUCUUUAGGCAUUUGUGAGAUUGGACAACCAUUGGUCUGGAAUGUUGUAGGAUUUCCUGCCUGAGCUGGAGGUGGGACUAGAAGACCUCCAAGGUCCCUUCCAACUCUGGUAUUCUGUUAUUUUGGCUUUGCUCUGUUAUCUGCCCUUUAUACCCAGCAGCAGGAUUUAAUGUGACUCUGGUUUAUCAGAUAGGUCUUCCCCGCCCAAGCUUGUGCCAUUUAAAAAUAGAGGAGGGAGCCUCAACUCUCUUUGAUUCCUGCCAUGGAAGAAAUGCUCCUUCCGGCAGGGGUCCACCCUGGGACUUGCCAGGCACCUGGAGGUGGGUGACCUCAGCCGGAAGAAUGGAAGGGAUCUAUCCAGUAGUGAAAUCCAAAUUUUUUUACUACCGGUUCUGUGGGGCAUGGCUUGGUGGGCGUGGCAGGGGAAGGAUACUGCAAAAUCUCCAUUCCCACCCUGCUCUAGGGCCAGCCAGAAGUGGUAUUUGCCUGUUCACCGAACCACUCAAAAUUUCCACUACCGGUUCUCCAGAACCUGCUGGAUUUCCACCCUGGAUCCAUCCUCCAGGAAAAACAUCAACAGAAGUCAGAAAAGACAGACUGGGUCCCGCCAAAUGUCCUAAUUUGUGCAUGGAGGCUCAAAUUCCGGGACUUCCAUUGCCCUGGCAACCUCCUUAACCAGAGAGCAGAAUCUGAAUUCGACUCCUGACAGAAAUGCUUCUGGGGUCUUCAGGGGAGAAGCUUUUCAGGGUUGAAAUUCAGAGAUUUGCUGGUUGCAGUUUUAGUAAAAAAAAAAGUCUGGUGGAUACCAUCUGUCCUAUCUGUUCUAUAAAUGGUCCUCUUUAGUGACUGCAAUGGGGAGGCCACCAACUGGCCAUUAAGUAAAACCUGGAGGGUGCUUAUGGUCUCCCUUAGGAAGGGAGUUGUAGUUCAGGAAAGCCAAUGCCUUGCAAUAACAUUUGGGCAAAGCUAAGGAAAAGAGAUGCAAUAUUCUGCUUUUGCAAAAAAAAAAAAAAGUGGUUAUUUCUAGGAAUGCUGCUGCCUUUCCAUAAGGCGGCUUAGAGUGGGAAACGGGAGAAGCAGAGUCCCUUUCUGGCUUCACGCAAGCCCCUUGCCCCUUCCACCCCACACCUGGCCUGCUUCCCUGAGCCCCCCAGCGGUUCCGCAUGGUCAGCUGCGCGGUCGAGGAAAGGCACGGAGAGGCCGGGGCGAGGGCGAGGGCGCGCGAGGACGCAGCGGGGCGCGCGAGGUUCCCGGUUUGGCACGGAAAGCGGAGCCCGCGGCUCGCUGCCCAGCCUCUCCCGCCAUCCUUUUGCAAGCAAGGACAAGGAGAAGCGGAACCCCGCGGGGCCGGUUGCUGGAGGGAAGGGGCUGAACCGGGGCGGUUCCUCCGGCUAGCUGGGACGCUUUGACACGGGCAAACAAUCUCCCUUGCUUCUUUGCUUUUCUCUCUUUCCUUUCUCUUCCUUUUCCUAUCCUCGGCUCCUUCGCUCUUUCUCUCUCCAACCCUUCCUUCCUUCUUUCUAAUCCCUCCCUCCCUUCUUCCUCCCACCCUCCCUCCUUCUUUCCUUCUUUCCUCCCUCCCUCCAUACUUCCUUCCUUCUUUCUAAUCCUUCCUUCUUUCCUGCCACCCUCCCUUCCUCCAUACUUCCUUCCUUCUUUCUAAUCCUUCCCUCCCACCCUCCAUAUUUCCUUCCUUCCUCCCUUCUUUCUAAUCUCUCCCUCCUUUCUUCCUCCCACCCUCCCUCCUUUUUUCCUUCCCUCCUUCCCUCCUUCUUUACUUCUUCCCUCCCUCCCUUCAUACUUCCUCCCUUCUUUCUAAUCCCUCCCUCCCUUCUUCCUCCCACCUUCCCUCCUUCUUUCUUUCCCUCCUUCUUUCCUCCUUCCUUCCCUCCCUCCCUCCAUACUUCCUUCCUUCUUUCUAAUCCUUCCUACCUACCUACCUACCUCUAUACCUCCUUCCUUCCUUCCUUCCCCCACCUGCCCAUCCCCGAGUCCCGCAGUGGCCGCUGGGCGCCUUCCCUCCGUGACCUUCGGAUCUUGCGGCAAAGGCGGGCAAUGGCUUGGUGGGGGCGAAGGCGGCCGGAGGGGCCGGUCCUGCCCUGAAGGGGGUCUCGACCCCUCCUCCCUUCUCCCCGCCCAGAGACGCCCCUACCCGGCCAUGAUCUGCCGGGGCACCAGCAGCCUCCUCCGGCACCCGCAGCGGGUCCUGGGCGCCUGGGCGCCUCUGCUGGGCGCGGGUAUCGCCGGGGCGCAUUCGGGGCGCGCGGCUGCUGGCCCUCCUCCCCGGCCGCUGCGGGUGCUGGUGGACAUGGACGGGGUGCUGGCCGACUUCGAGGGGGGGUUCUUGAAGAAGUACCGCGCCCGCUACCCGGACCUGCCCUACAUCACGCUGGACGAGCGGCGCGGCUUCUGGGUCUCGGAGCAAUACGGGAAACUCCAGCCUGAACUGAGCGAAAAGGCUAUCAGUAUUUGGGAAUCCAAGAACUUUUUCAUGGAGCUCGACCCACUUCCAGGGGCUGUGGAGGCUCUGAAGGAGAUGGCAGAAUUAGAAGCGACUGAAGUCUUCAUAUGCACCAGUCCCAUCAAGAAAUAUCGCUACUGCCCGUAUGAGAAGUUCGCUUGGAUAGAGAAGCAUUUCGGGCAGGAAUUUUUGGACCACGUGAUUCUCACCCGAGAUAAGACGAUCGUCGCUGGACAUGUGCUGAUCGAUGACAGGCCUGAUAUCGUAGGAAAGCCAACAUUUUGGGUCAGGUUGUGCCACACUCAGGGCCAGCCCACCUGAAGUUUACGUAUCUUGAAAACAGUCUGUUCUGUGCCCUGCUUACAAUGGGUGAUGCUCCAGGAAGGAAGGAAGAUCAACAAGAUUCAUAAAAAUGCAGUACAAACCUUUAUCUCUGUCCAAUAUUGUAGGCCCUGCUACACACUGACAAUGUGCGUGCCAAAGGUUAGCGUGAACAAUGCCAAUAGCUACCCGUAAGCCCUAAGCAAAUUUACACUCCUUAAUUAUGCUGUGGAGACAUUUAAUCUGUGAUUUCUGAAACAUGCAGCUGCUAACUUCAUGUUCUGUACUUUCUCCUCCACUUCCAGUUCUGCAAUCUUAAAAUGUUGCUUUAUUGGUAAUCAAUGUUUGGUCUCAGUUCAGGAUUGCAAAAUGCAGCGAUAAGGAAGAGGACAGGAUUAAAACAAAAACAAAAAACGGCUUGGCAUGAAAUAGCAGAUAGAAAUGCAGUAGGAGGACGAAUCAGGCUCAAAAGAUUAGAGGAAAAAAGCCAAAGUGUCAUUUCCCACAUUUCAAAUCGAAGGAAGGAAGGAAGGAAGUUAUUUUCUCUGCACCACUAGGUCACCAGAGAUGUCCUGCUUCUGGCAUGAUGAGUUCAUGAAGGAAGAGAACAUCAAAUUGACUCAGCCAUGUUGUAGGAACAUCUGCUGUUUUUCCUGAUGCUCAAAUCCACGGAUGGGGGAAGCCCCUCCCUUCUCAAAAUCAGCUGAGCGGUUUCCCACUUCCCUCGUUACAAAAACCGCCAACCUUGGACCGAUGUUGCAACCAGUCACUAUCUCCCCCCAGGGUCACCUCAACCUGCAAAGCCCAGGAGAUCCCCGCCUAUCAGCCUCUGGGACUGCUUGAAGCAUCUGCAGAGCAUCUCAGUCAAAAUAUCUUCUCGGCCAGAUAAAGCCCUUGACAAAACAGUCCUCGACAGACGGCCCUUCGCCCAGAAAGACCACUUCUCCCCCUCAUCCUGGCCUUUGCUAGACCAGGCCAGCAGCAACGAUAAACAACCGCCUUCCCUUUCUUGUCUCAAGGAUCUUUGCUUCUGCAAACUUUGCUGGCCUUCAAAGGUUUCCAAGGGCUGUCAACCAAUUGUAGUAGAAGCUGGCUGUGGCGUCCGAGACCAUUAAAUGGGAAACUGGAGGAGAACUGGUGCUUAAUGUCCUAUGAAAAGAUCCUAGGUCCUUUUGGAUACGGGGGAAUCCAGUGGACUGUAUAACGUUGGGGUACAGAUGGGGUAGACCAAGGGAAUAAUUCCAUCUUGCAUCCAGAGUGGUUUUUAUUUUGAAAAGGCAC